AUGACGACUCCUACAGACUAUAGGAAACUGAUCAUGAAAUACCAGGAAACACUGAUAAGGUGGAUCAGUGAGAACCCGGCCCCCCUAUUGCGCUGGCUGUAUGACCGAUCCAUCCUCACCCAGUCCCAGUACUACAGCCUGCUGGAGAAGAUUCCCAAUAAUUGUGUCACAUCAUUGCUGGACCUCAUUUAUCAGGACCAGUGUGUCUGCAAGGACCAGGAAAUCAUCAAGCUCUAUCAGAGCCAAAAUAUCUGUGAAACCUUCCUGCAGAUCCUACAAGAGGUUCAAGAUUAUUACUGCAUUGAGCUGGAGAACUGGCUCCAUCAACACUACAGGGAGAUCAAGACCAGAGAUCAUCCUACCAUUCCAGACAAUCCAAAAAAGAAGAAAGGCUUUUCUUUAUUUCGGUCUAAGAAGACACAGUCAUACAAUGUUGAACACAAUCUUCACCAGCCAGAAGUUGAAUUGAACAUACACAAGAAAAGUAUCAUCAGAAGGACUGAGAACAUCAUUGACAAUGUAGAGGACUCCAAAUCUCGAACCCACAUAGAGAUCCGCUACACAGAUCUCUUUGUGACAGACGAUGACUCCAGCUUGGAUACCAGCCAGCAUGAGUACUUCUCUCUGGCAAACCGGCGUGCGAGGAUCUACAAUCACCACAAAUAUCAGAGGAUCAAACCCAGAGACCUUUUGUCUCCGCUGCCGGGGAUAGACAGGACCCCAAGAAGGGCAAAGGUGAAAGGUAUAGCAGGUAUUGGGAAAAGCGUAGCUAUGAAUAGGUUGAUGCAUGAGUGGGCAAUGGGCAUCACCAUGAGAAACUUCACCUGCAUCUUUGAUUUCACCUUCCGGGAGUUAAACUUGUUGGAGGGCAGUCUGAGCCUGGUGAAUCUCAUAAGCAGAAAGUUUAACUACUUGGAGAGGAUAUUGCUUGACCUCCUAAAAAAACCCAAAUACCUUCUGUUCCUGCUUGAUGGUCUUGAUGAGUUCAAGUACCAGCUUGAUUUUGAAGGGCAGGAGAAGCUUGUAGAUGUCACUACCGAAGUCCCUGUGCAAGAGUUGGUGGUAUCUCUUCUCAAGGGAAGCCUAUUACCUGAAGCCUCUGUGAUUGUCACUACACGACCCUCCUCGGACAUUCCAACUAGAUUCUGCCACCGGAGUUCUAUUAUCCUUGGCUUUGAGAAAAAGCAAGUUGAAGAUUACUGCCUAAAGUUCUACAAAGAUUCAGAGGUUUCCAGGAGAGUAUAUGAGUACAUUACUGAAAAUGACAGCCUCUUUGGCCUGUCCUUUAUUCCCCUGUAUUGCUACAUCAUCUGCACAGCGCUCAACGAGUUUUUCACCAGCAGUUCUGAAAAACCAUUUGAACUCAGCCCACCCAAGACUGUGGGAGAAGUUUAUUACUGCUAUCUUUACACUGUCCUCAGGCACCACACCGUCAAUACUAGCGUUUCCAAAAGCAAUGUUUUCUCUGCUGUCAAAAAUGAGUUGAUGCAGCUUGGGAGACUGGCCUAUCACAACCUGCUGAACAACAAGAUUCUUUUUGAUAAAAACGACCUGGAAAACUUUGGUUUUGCAGAAAACAAUUUCCAUAGCACAUUCCUGAGUCAGAUUUUGGUUCGGGUAAAAGAGAAAGAAGUCGAGAUGUUUGCAUUCUUCCACAUGACCAUUCAAGAGCACCUAGCGGCUCUCUAUUGUGUUGUGAAAACCUCAAAUGAAGACUUUCUCAAGAGCCUUGAUCUCUGGUGUUUUGGUAUACCCCCGGCAGAUCCUACAAUCAGUGCAUUCCUAAGCACUUCUAAAAAUCUGAUGGAGAAGUGUAAGCUGGAAAACUUGCAGAUGUUUACUAGGUUCUUCAUGGGACUUGUCACCGCUGGAUUAGAAGGCAAACUCAAUGGUUUGGACAAAUCCAUGGAUGAGAGCAUUUUGGUGGGACUCUGCCAAUGGUUCAAGACACAGUUUCAGAAAAACCUUUCCAACCAACAGGUGCUAAAUCUCCUUCACUGUCUAAUGGAACUUCAACAGGACAGUAUAGUAAAAGAGGUGGCCCAAGAAAUAAAAACUGUCAACCUGUUCAAAAUGACCCUCAACCUUGUUGACUGUGUCACCCUCCAUUAUGUUCUUCAGUAUUCAAACCACAAGCUGGAGGAACUCAACCUGGGCUACUCAAACAUAGGCAACCAAGGGCUGAAAAGAUUAGAGACUGUUCUUCACAAAUGUGAAACUCUCUUCCUCCGCUACAAUUGUCUUGACAAAGAAGCUGCCAUUUUGGAGUCAGAAGUUUUAAAAUCCCCAGACUGUCAAGUAAAGAAAUUGUUCAUGUGCGGCAAUAAUAUUGGAUCCGAGGGUGUGCUGCAGCUGUGGGCAGCGCUGGAGAGGAACCAGACUGUGGAAGAGCUCUACCUGGACAUCACAGGAAUCACAGAGAAGGGCACAGAAACCAUCAUCCCCUGCCUGAUCAAAAACACCACACUGAAGGCACUGAUUAUUGUAGGGAAUGACCUUGGGGACAUAGGGAAGAAAAGACUUCAGGAGCUGAGCAAGCGCAGAUCGUCUCUGAAGAUCAUUGGGAACUUUACGGAGGACCUGGGUCUCCUUGAAGCCUACCUGGCCUGGGUGGAGGAGAUGAAGGAGGAUCGGAACCAGUUGGAGUCGGUGAAGAAUGUCAAUGCACUCCAGUCUGUGCUCAACGGGCUGAGUUUCCCAGCCCAGGGGUCACCAGACACCAGAGAAAAAGCCAAAGAGCUAAAGGAGAAGAUCACAGAACUGCUUAACUCUCCUCAGUUUGUAACACUGAGAUCAUAAGCAACUACCAGCACCAGCAUUAUAUUGCAUAUAACCUUAAUCCUUAACCCUACC